AUGCAGAGCAACAUUCUUUCGGUUCCCUUCCGCAAGGGAGCGCAGCUGUCGUUAUCGAUUGCGGUACGGCAGUACAUCUCGACCAAAUAUGACCAACACCCGGACAUGUUUCGGCAGGACCUGGACGUCAUCGAUACCCUCCGCCGCGACGCCGUCAACAUCCGCGAAGGCCACCCUAGCGGCGUCAAGAAGCUCCAGGCAUAUGCCGCGCAACUGGUGUGGAUGUGCGGCAAGUUUCCCGUGGACAUCGGCGCCGAUUUUACGUGGUAUCCCUCGCUGGGGUACAACACUGAACGACCCAUCGUGCACAACAACCUACACUUCGAGCUGGCCAACGUCCUGUAUAACCUUGCGGCGCUGUACUCGCACCUCGCCAUGACGAGCAACAGGUCGGAUACCGAGGGGCUCAAGACGGCCGCUAGUUUCUACAGCCAGUCGGCCGGCGUGCUCAAGCACAUGAAGGACGAGAUAUUGCCCGACUUGCACACCAUGCCGCCCGAGGACAUGGACGAGAACACGCUGGAAUCCCUCAUGCAGCUACAACUGGCCCAAAGUCAAGAAUGCUUCUGGCAAAAGGCCGUUAUGGACGGCUACAAGGAUGCAUCCAUUGCCAAGCUGGCCGCACGGGUUAGCGAUCUGUACAACAUAGCUGGCGAGGCAGCCAUGCAGUCCGAGGCGAUCAGCAGCAGCUGGAUUCACCACAUGAGCGCUAAGCACCAUCAUUUCGCCGCGGCAGCGCAGUACCGGGCUGCUUGCGACUGUCUGGAGAAGAGAAAGUAUGGCGAGGAAGUAGCGCGGCUGCGGGACGCUGUUGCGUGUGUAGCCGAAGGGCUUAAGGAAAGCAGAGGCGGGUAUCUGAACAAGGUGGUAGUUGAUGACUUGAAUGGGCUGAAGAAGCGUGUCGAGGAGGAUCUGAAGAGAGCGGAGAAGGACAACGACGUCAUAUAUCUAAAUGUGGUGCCGUCUAAAUCAGAACUCAAGACGCUCGACCGUGCAAACAUGGCAAUAGCCCGCGUACCUCCUGCUGUUGCAGCACCGCUCGAUUUUCUAGGCGACAAGGGCGAGUUUGGCCCUGCGCUUUUCACUAAGCUGGUACCUUACUCGGUUCACAUCGCCGUCUCCAUCUACGAAGAGCGCCGCGAUCGCUUGGUGAAUCAGAACAUUAUUUCCGAGCUCGAAGUUUUGAAUGAGAGGAUUCAUGAGAUCCUCUCUUCUCUAAAUCUACCUGGCUCCAUUCAAGCUUUCGAAAAGCCCCUGGGGCUGCCGGGGACGCUGGUCCAGCAUGCAGAAGAGAUCAGGCAAGCGGAUGCCAUCAGCCGACUACAGAGGAGCUUUGCAGACAUAGAUAAGCUUCGAGCGGCGGACAUCGCUGUCUUUGAAGAGGGGAAGGAGCUCUUGCAAGCAGAAGAAGAGGAGGAUAUGCGCCUCCGGCGUCGACAUGGCACGGAGCGCUGGAGCCGCCCCGAAAGCCGAACGGAGCCUUCGCAAGGCGCCAAGCUGUGGAGUCAAGUUGGUGAGGCCGAGGGCUGGUUCGGCAAUAGCGCCAGCAGUGAUCAAGUGGUACGCGACAAAUUCCGCGGCACCGAACCCGUACUCGCCGUGCUUGCCGGUCCAGACAGGGGCAUGAUGGACUUUGUCCCCUUAUCCCGGCGCACCGAAAUCCCCGAAACCCUCCGACCAGCUAUUGGUCGGUUGCGGGGAGCGUAUAACGACAUCACCCGGCUGGAAAGUCGACGUCGGCGCAAAGCCGAGGCUCUGCGGGAGAAAGCCAAAAGCGACGACAUAAAAUCAGAUAUCCUGACCGAAGCAGCGCGGCUCGAGCGGACCCAAGCCGUCGCGACCGCAAUCGUCCCGGCGCACUUCGAGGAUUUCUUUGAGAAGCGACUUAACGCCCUGUUCGCGCCGGACCUAGAGCUCGUUCGAAAAGAGGGGAUAGAGCAAGAGAAAGUGAUUGACGACCUCGUGCGCGUGAACCGCGAGUUCGAGAGCCAGAAGAAGGUCGUCGGCGACAAGGGCAACCGAGAGCGGGAGCAGGCGUUGCAGAAACUGGAGAAUGCAUACUACAAAUACAAGGAACUCGUGUCCAACGUGGAAGUCGGGCGUAAGUUUUACAACGACCUCAGCCGGAUCGUGGGUGGUUUCCGAGAUGGGGCGCGGAGCUAUGUCACGGAACGCAGGAGGGAGGCGAGGAUGCUGGAGGAUGAAUUGAACAUGCCUUCGCUCCACGGGCUGAGCCUGGGCCAGCCCGAUCAGAUGGGAGGUAGACAGGCGGUUCUGCAGAGUCCAGGGGGUGCAGAGUGGCAUGGCGGCGGUGGCGGUGGAGGGGGUACUGCCACGGGACAACAGAGCUAUACGCCGCAGGGCCAGCAAGGUUACUUCGCCCAGCAGCAGCAGCAGCAGCAACAGCAAGCCCCAAGACAACAGGUGCACAGUCCGGCUGAGGCGCACAUCCAGUCGUGGGUGCCGGCCGGUGAGACGGUGGCGCCGCAGCCGCAACAACCGAGGGCGAACCCGAUGCAGGCGAUGUGGAAUCCUGAGAUCGGUAUCAAAUUUGCGGGCGGUUCAGGGGGUAGAGGCACGCCGGCGGCGAAUCAGGGGCCGAGCAAGCCUGCGCCGGGGACGUGGGAUCCUAAUUCGGGGAUUCGCUUUGGUUAA